GCAAGCUAAAACGACGUCAUUUCCGGAUGUUAGCUAGUCUGACCGGAGGGCGUCAGAUCGGGCGCCGCUUUUUGAAACCAAAACAUCAGCUGAGUUCAUUUCUACAGUGAACAGGUCAGUAUGGCUUCUAUAAAGGACCCAGACGUGGGGGAGCAGUUCAGCAGUAAGCUGGAGGAGAUCAGGACGAAGCUGUUGAAGCAGGCGAUGGGAGAAGCGAUGAACGAGGCGACAGCGCAGUUCUGUCAGGGACACAAACAGUACAUGAAGUCUGUGCUCGAAACAUGCGCAAAGAAAUGCAAGGAAGAUGAAACGAUGUUUGCAACUAUACAAGCAUACACAGAAGAUUUGAAAGCCAAGCGUUCUGUGAUGAAAGAAAAGAAUACAGAAUGCCCUGAAAUUUUGGAAGAGAUUGAGGAUAAAGAAAGACAUAAAGAACUCUUAAUUCAGAAGUUGGAGAAGCUCAAGCAGGAACAAGCUAAAAACAGAGAACUGCUUCACUCACAAAACAAAGCUAACAAGGACAGACUAAAAAACCUGAAUAAGAUGAAAGAUAUCUUUCAGGAACGACUAAGUCUUGAGAUCAGAAAAAUCCAAGGUGAGAAGCUCCAGUUCAUCUUCAGAAACAUCAGCCAUGAGAAACCAGAAAGUGCUUUCACGUUCCUUUUAAGGAUAAAUGAGGAUGGUGUGUACCAAAUUGUUUCCUGUGAUCCUCCGCUGGCGCAGAUGGAUUAUCUGGAGCGUAGACUGCAGGAGACCAACAACUUCUCAGCCUUCCUCGCCAAUGUCAGAAAAGAGUUUGUGGCACUACACAAUGCUACAAAGACCACCUAAUCUGAUUGGUAGACAGGAUCCAGUGCAUUUAAAUUCUUUUCAUAGUCUCAUACAAACUAAACUUAAACUUAAUCUGGUUUUGUUUGAAUCAGCUUAUUAGUAGUCCACAUAAGUGAUGUUUAUUUUAUUAACAUUUCAUUGUACAUGUUACAUGUCAUUUGUUUGUGCUUUUGUAUAUAAUAAAAUGCAAAUAUCUUGUUA